GGGAACGUUACCGUGCUCUGUCGAUGUAAACUCGGUGUUCGUCGCCCCUUCUCCCUCCACCCCUUCGCGUAGAGAGAAGAGCGAUCCCCAGCUGAUCUUUUCGCGCUGUGCCUCCGUGUUCUACAACGGAGCACCACCACCCCUUCGCCCUUUCAUUGCUUUUUCUUUUGUUCUAUAAAUAUACACGCUACACAAACGAAGAAUCCUUCUACGUAAGAACCAGACCCCACCCCCACCAAAAAAGAAAAAUGCUGUCCAGCGUUCUUCGCCGCUCCGCCGCGGAUGGCUCUGCCAAGGCCAUCACGGCGAUCCCCAGCAUCGAGCGCGCGGGGGCCUACCUGCGCUUCAACACGCUGCGUAUGCACCCGCACCACGAGCCGAACUUUCGCGCUCGGCCGGUCGGUUGGAAGGCGUGGAACAACCGUCAGUACAUGGACCCCUGGGCACCCUUCGCCCUUACCACCCCCGUGCGCCACAUCGAUCGCCCCUUCGCGGGCAUCUGGUUCGGCAUGGGCCACUUCGCCCUGAAGAACUUCUUCGGCCCUCUGCAUUGGAAGUUCUGGCUGCGUGUGUCCUUCCUCGGUGUAGCGGGUUGGUUGUACUCCCUUGCGACGUACGCCCUUCGUAUGCACCGCAACGGCUGGGAGUGGAAGAACCGCGGCGCCGUGUUCUCGAUGGAGUAA